AGUUCACGGCAGGAAUGCGUUCGAUUUAGCACACCAUGACAAACAGCCAUUUUGUAUAAUAGACAGCAGUCAGCUUUCGCGACUUUAAAUGCUUUUAGAUUUUUAUUAAUGUAUUUCUAGAAAAACCCUUGUUUAUUCUCUUUUUCGUUGAAACAAUUGUCAGUAUAAUAUAAAUUUGUAUCUGAAAUUUUUAUAAAUCAUAAUUAGAAAUUAGUUUUGAUGUGGAUAAGAUAUAUGGCGGUUUAUACAUAAAGAAAAUGGAAUUAAUUUAUCGGCCAAUAGCUUUUCGGUGUGAAUAUGACAGAAAUCAAAAUAAUAUUAACAAGUUUAGAGAAUGACAGUUACAUUUUUCUUUUAAGCUGUCAAUUUUGGAAAGUAGUUUUGAUAUAAAUUCAUUGGAUUACAAUGGAUGAAAAAACCGAGUUGUCUGCUGUACACCCGACGGAGAUGCUCGAAUCAGUGGAUUCUAACAUUGAAGGGGGGAUUGAUACUGAAGAAGCAACAAAAAGUGCUGAUGUUAAUGAAGAGGCAGAAGCAACUGAACAAACUGAAAGUAAAAAUGAACCUGAUGCUGAAGUUGAACCUGAACAUGAACCCGAAUCUAACAAUGAUCCUACUGAUCCAAGUAAUGAUGAAAAUACAUUAAUUUCUGAAUUAAAUGAUGUUCCCCUAUCUACUGCAGUAAAUUCUGAAGCUGAUUCUUUCUUAGACUCGUUAACUUCAGAAAAUACACCUGGUGAUACAGAAUCACCAAUUUCCGAUGAACCAACAGCACCUAAUAUUGAUGCUGAGAAUCCUGAUAUAUCAACAGAUAUAUCUAUGCCUUCACUUACUUUAUCUGAGGAACCUCCUUCAAUCCAUUUUGUUAAUUUAGGAGAAAAAUCAGAAGAGAAUGAUGAAUCAAAGGAAGAAAUUUCUAAAGAUGUCACAAUUAGAGAAAAGGAUCCAGUUUGUUCCCUUGAAGAAGAGUUGCAGAGAAUGCAUGAGGGAGACCCUAUUUUGGAAAAUACUAAUGAUGCAAAGGUAGAGGACGAUAAAACAGGAGUGAAAGAUGAAAAAUUUGAUGUUGAAAUGAAUAAACCUGAAAAUAAUGCAACUCCUAUAAUGAAGGAUUCUGAUUUAGAGGAAAUGUUAGCAGCUGAUGAAGUUGUGCAAGAUCCUGCGGUUAUUAAAAAUUCACAAGAAGAGUUGAAACAAAUAGAUAUAUUGGUUUGUGGCAAAUGCCAUGAAGUUUUUAAUUUGGUAGAAGAGUUUCAAGAACAUAAGGAGAAAAAAUGCAGUCAAAUUUCAAAAGUACUACCUAGUUGUAUGUUGGAAAGUAAGCCUCAAGUUUGGGCUUUUGCUUUAUGGAAAAGUAAACAAGUGAAACUGCAAUCUGAGAAAGGUACUUCACGUACACAAUGGGAACUAUACAAGGAUUGGUGUAAUUUGGCUCAAACCGAGAAAGAUGCUUGGAUAUCUGCAGGAGAAACUCUGCAAUACUGUCAGAAACUGGGAACAGCAAAACUAACUGAGAUCAAGGUACAAAAAGCUCAUGCAGAUGGUGACAAAGAUCCUUUAUCUUUGGAUGGUUUUGGUAAAACAGAUAGUAAUAAAGAAAAUUCAACAUUUGAUAAUUCUAAAUCACCUUUACUUGAGGUAAAACGAACAGUCAUUAAUAAACCUAAGGCUGUUCCCAUAGUUCAGAAGACCAAUAAUGAAGCAAAUUCAAAUAAGGCCAUGAGGACAGUACAAGCUAAGGACAAAAGUGAAUAUGCAGUGGAAAAGAUCGUUGCAAAGCGAUUUAAUCCAAAGAAGAAAACGUUAGAAUAUCAAAUUAAAUGGGAACAUUUUUCGAGCGAGGACAAUACCUGGGAACCACUUGCUAAUUUAAAUCAUUGCAAGCAAAUGGUGGACGAAUUUGAGGAACAACUGAAGAAGUUGAAAGCAGAAAAAGCCAAACAGCAAGCAAUGGCUUUAGCUAAAAAUUCACCAAAGAUAAAAUCAGCACCAACUUCCAGCUCUCCUGCUAGCUCAUCAAGCUUAAUUUCUACAGGAACAACUGGAAACCGCCCUCAAAGAACUAGUAAACAAAAAGCACUGGAUCAGGUCAAAGCCUGGUGUGGCAACAUUUCAGACGAUGAAAAUUUAACUGGAUUUAAAAGAUCCAGAAGUCCAGAUAGUGACGAUUCUUUUGAAAAAAGAUUAAAGUUUGACGAUUUGUCUGAUGAUUCCGAAACAGAAACGAAACCUAAAAUACAAUUUAGGAAAAUUGCUCCAAAACCAAGUACCACCAAUACUUCUCCAGUGCAAAUUCUCAAGAAUGGUAUUGGUAAAAACACACCUUUACCACAAAAUAUUUUAAUACCAGACGCAAACGGAGUGGUCAGGAUCAAUCAGAAACAGUUACCAUCAUUGAGCACCGGGGUUUAUAUAAUGUCGAAAACUGCCGGAAUUAUUAAACUCGAUUCUGAUACAUCUAAAGUUGCUACAAGUGGUGGUCAGACAAUUGUUAAAGUUGCCCCCAAAAUUGGUCAAACCCAGAUAAAGAUAAUGAAAAAGGAUGGCACAUCAACACAAAGGAUUGUCCAGAUGAGUCCUAAGAAUAUUCCCACUCAAAAGGGAAUGAAGACCCACUUAUCAAGAGCACAAAAAAUGGUAACGGAAAUUAGACCGUCCCAUCAAGUGGUUAAGAGAACACCAGAAAUUGUAAAAAAAUCUUUACUCAAUAAAUCAGAUUCGGAAAAAAGGCAAAUACCUAUAAAAAAACUUCCAGAGCUAGUCCCCAAACAAACUUCCAAAUCAAUGUCCUCAGGAAAAUCAAGAGAAUCUGGCAAUCAAAAAGAUGAUGAAUCCGAUGACGGUUUGGAAGAAUUACCAUUUCCUGAUGAAAUAAAGAUACCAGAACCUGAUGAAGAAGAAAAUACUGAGUUCACUUUGGAUCCUGAAACUGGGAAAAUAGCAGGCAUGGAAUAUCCUGACCCUGAGCCGGAACCAGAACCAACAGAAGAAACUAAAUCUGAUACUUCCCUAGACAACAUAGUGAAAUUGGCAGCAGCUGAUAUAACAGAAGAGGAUCUGAAAAAUGAACCCCAAGAUCCCGUUGACAUGGAAAUGAACACUCUACUGCAAGAUGAUGAUGAAGCUAAAAUCAUGAAGACUGAAACACAACAUAUACCUGAAAAAAGGUUUGCAACAGCAUCACCUAUGAAACCAGUUGUAAAAAUGUCUGUGACUCCACGAAAAGUGGCAGCAAAUCCUUCAUCAAUACUGAAUAAGGCACUCACUGGUCCCCAUGUUGUUAGAAGAACUGUAGUAGGUCCUCCGACACAAAGAUUACAACAAAAAGUUAUGAAUCCAUCAAUCAAUCGAAGUCCUCAGGUAGUGAAUCCAGUAGUACGGCAAGUCAAUACCUAUGUCAGAACAAAACCUACAGCGCCAAAACCAAAGUUCAACGUUGCUGGUGAACCACCAAAAUUCAUUCGCCCCAAUCACAAUGCUUCGCCCAAAAACGUUUACUCUUAUACUAGGCAAGUUGUUCAAAAUUCGCCGAAUGUGAGGAAAAUCGGCAACACAACAGUUAGAAGUUCAAACAUGAUGGGUGGUCAACAACAGAAAAUGCAAUCAAAAUUAGUUAGAACUAGUUCAGGAAUAGUCCAGAGGAUAGUUUCACCUGCGAGAAAAGAGUCUAUGGUUAUUAGGGGACAGCCGGAAAGAAUUGAAAGAAAAAUGGCUCCACAAAAACCUAAGACUGUUAUAAGCAUGCCCUCAUUAAUGAGUGAUGAUGAACUACUGAUAACGACGAAAACACCACAAAAACGUAAACAAGAACCUACAUCUAUUCAAAUAUCGGCUCCAGAAGGAAACGAAAAUGAACAAAUACAGCAAAUUCAACAGAUACAACAAAUCCAACAAAUGGAAGAACAGCCGACAACUAUGAUAGAAACUCCCAUCAUUGCUCAUCAACAAGAAUCUGAUGAAAUUUCUAGGGAAGCUCAAGCUGUUGCUACUUUAUCACCAGAUAUGUCUUCAUUUACCCUUGCCGAUAACGAAAAUCCCAUUUUUAUCACAGGAGAUGAUGGUACUGUGUAUCAAGUAGCAGGUCAAAAUGAACAGGGUCAAACGAUACUACUGACUCAAGGCAGUGAUGGACAACAACAAUGUUUAUUAGUGACAAAUGAAGUUGCAGAAGCUAUGGAAACGAGUGGAGAAGAAGCAACUCAGGCUCAACCAGAAAUAUCUAUGCCUCAAAUUAGUCCUGAUGUAACCGAACCCUUGUCGGUUAAAACAGACACAGUUGAUAGUAAUGAUCAAGUUGUAGCACAAGUCGUAAGAGCGGAACCUCCAAGUCCAGGUGGAACUCAUAAAGUCGUGGUAAUGCUUCCAGACGGAAAUCUAAUGGUAACUCAAGUGUCACCUGAGGAGUACGCUAGUUUGGAACUGGAAUAAAUACAUAUAGAACUGUUUUUAGUUUAGUUUAUUCAUGGACUUUUUCAUUUUUCUAUUUAGAUUUUUUCAAGUUUGUAUGAUAGCUUAUAAUCUUUCAUUCUAUAGGCAUUGGUUUUUUAUAAAAAGAAAACUCAGUACCUAUUGUUUAAUUUGAAAAUUGAUUUGUUAUCAAUAUUGUAAAGAAAAACAUUUGUAUUAUAGUUAAUUACCCUGCUUUGUAAAUAUUUGUAUUUAUCUUCAUUUUAGGUAAAAGAUUGCCAAUAAAUUUUUUUAGUAUUCAGUUUUUCUUGAAAUACUUUUGUGAUCAGUAUACUGGGUGUACAUCAGUUAUUCAUUUCUUACAACGUUACUUGGAUAAUGAAAAUAUAUUUUUAUUGAAAUUGUUAGUAAGAAAUUAAAUCUAGAUGAUGCAUGUUUAUACUUUUUUCAUAAAAUAAACUUCUGAUGUAUUUAGUUUUUUCUGGUAUUUCUUAAAAUUUUCUGUAAUGGGUGAGGGGGAGGCCCCCCAGAUUUCAAUGUCAUAAUGUUUUAUAAAAAGAAAAUAAAUAUUUAAACAGGU